CUCUCCCAUCUGCAAGAUUGAGCAGAAGAAAAUGGAAAUCCAAAAUCUAAAGUGACUCAGAAAAUAAACUUCAAAGCAGACAAAGGUGAAAAUAUCAAAAUGGAUGAUGGGAUCAAAGAAAGUUUACUUUACUCAAAAAAGAAAAAUGGAAGUGAAUUAAAGGAUAAGAUUUGGGAAGAAGGAAAGAAGCUGUGGAAGAUUGCAGCACCAACCAUUGUCACUAGGGUUUCAGGGUUUGGAAUCCUAGUUGUUACACAAGCAUAUAUAGGACACAUUGGAGAAAUAGAACUUGCUUCUUUUUCAAUAGUCCAAAGUAUCAUCAUGAGAUUUGUUGAUGGAAUAUUAUUAGGUGUGGGGAGUUCCCUCCCAACUGUAUGUGGUCAAGCAUUUGGAGCAGGAAAAUAUCAUAUGAUGGGUAUCUACCUGCAACAGUCAUGGAUUAUUCUUCUCACAGCUUCUCUCUUUAUGCUUCCUGCUUUCAUCUUCACAACUCCAAUUCUAAGGUUUCUAGGUGAAGAAGAGGAGUUAACAAAGCAUGCAGGAAAAUUGAGUCUAUGGUUUCUUCCUCUUUUUUUCUACCAAUUGAUUGGCAUAACCACACAAACAUUUUUACAAGCCCAACUCAAGAUCAUGAUUGUUGGAUGGGCAUCUGCCAUCUCAUUUGUGUUGAGUAUGAUUUUAUCUAGGCUAAUGGUUGACAGGUUGAGUUGGGGAGUCUCAGGUGCCAUGGGUGCAAUGAACUUGUCAUUUUUAUUGAUCCUUUUAACACAAUUCAUCUAUAUCUUUGGAGGUUGGUGUAAAGAUUCUUGGAACGGUUUCUCUAAAAGUGCCUUUAAUGAACUAUGGCCAUUUCUCAAGCUUUCUAUAUCUUCAGGUGUAAUGCUUUGCUUUGAGUUUUGGAAUGGUGCAGUGCUGGUUUUACUGGUAGGCAACAUGAAAAAUGCCCAAAUUGUUGUAUCAGCCUUCUCUAUUUGCCUCAACAUCAAUGCUUGGGUAUAUAUGGUAUCCCUUGGAUUCUUAAGUGCAGCAAGUGUGCGUGUUGCAAAUGAGCUGGGGAAAGGAGAUGCAAAGGCAGCAAAGUUUACCAUUAAAUUAAACUUAAGUAUUUCAUUAACUAUAGGUGUCAUCUUUUCCAUUCUAGCUCUGGUUUAUGGCAAAUCCAUUUCUUUUCUAUUCACAAGUAGCAUUGAAGUUGCAAAAGAGGUAUCGAGCCUCUCAGUUCUACUGGCUUCAAUUAUCUUGCUCAAUAGUGUUCAAGCAGCACUUUCAGGGGUGGCCAUCGGUUGUGGUCGGCAAAGCUUGGUGGCAUGUGUGAACAUUUUUUGCUACUAUGUAGUUGGGUUUCCUUUAGGAAUGUAUCUCGGUUAUGUGAUCAAUCUCCAAGUUAGGGGUAUAUGGGCUGGGAUGAUAUGUGGGACCGCGACACAGACGCUAAUACUCAUGUUCAUCACAUGGAGAACUGAUUGGGAUGCUCAGGUUGGCAAGACAAUGACACGUUUCAACCGUUCGAUCUUGCCAUCUUCUGAAGAGGUAUCCAGUGAUAUCACAUCUCAUGCUUAGGAGAAAUUUGUGAGAUCCAAUACCAAUACCCUUAAAUUUAUGGCCAGCCAAGUUAAUUGCAAAUUAGCAAAAUCCUCCCUAAUACUUUAAAGCAGUUUUGCAUGGACAUGGAAAACAUAGAU